UGGUGCAAUUGGUCAGUCCCACCUGGCAGCUGCACUUAUCCAGACCGCGGGGAGCUUGGUUGCUUCAAUUCGUUCAUCUUCUGAAUAACAGCAAUUGACCGAGCUCGUCACCGCGAAUGCUAUUCUGGUUUUCAUUUACGGGCCCUUUCUAACCAUUCAAUACUAUAGUCAGGACGCAAUUUCUGAAAGUUGAUCUUCUAACAAACAAAAUGUCCCGACAAAUCGCAUUUCAAGCUUCCCGCUUGGCUUCGCGAGCGAUCCGCUCUUCAACACCCAUCUGCCGCUCAAGCUUCCGUAUCGCUCCUGCAAUCACACACCUUUCCAUCCGAUCUACCCUUUCGCAAAAAUGCUUCUCGACUACGGUUUCCAGCAAGCGGGGUAUCAUGCCUGAUACGGAGAAUCCUGCCAAGCCUUUGAACGAAGCCGAAGAGAUCCAUCAGAAUGCUGUUGUGGCCGAUAUUACUGAGCAAGAGUACCAUGACCUUGCGGACGAGUACCUCGAUAAUGUUGUCGGGAAGUUUGAGGAACUCCAGGAUCAGCGAGAAGACAUCGACGUCGACUUUUCAGCUGGAGUCCUCAGCAUCAGUUGGCCUGACAAGGGCACAUACAUCAUCAACAAACAGCCCCCCAAUAAGCAGAUCUGGCUGUCGUCUCCCAUCUCUGGCCCUAAGCGCUACGACUGGUGCCUCUUUGGCGAGGGCCAGAACGAGAAAGAGGGCACAGCUGUGGGUGACUGGAUCUACGUUCGUGAUGGAUCCAGCCUAAACCAGGUUUUCUCUGAGGAGCUUGGUGUUGACAUUGACGUUCCGAGCGAGGAGUAGAGCUUCCUCCCGAAUGCCGAUAAAAGACCCAGCAAGCAUGGUUGAAGGAGAAGACCAUCACAGACAAAGGAAAAGCAUUUAUGAAGGCGUUGAGGGCUUCGGUUAGCCUAGUGAGGAUUGCGAUUUAUGUUCAAUGUAUUGUACAUGUACUAUUUAAGGUCUCUCCGUUCGGGGAAUUGGGAAUGCCCAAGUCAGAACGUAUGCAAAUAAUUUGCCGGUUAUUCCGUCCAAGAUCUGCCAUCAACCAUACAACUCCUUGUGCCUCGUGUACGUAGUACAGUUGAUGUACAGGUCCCUUUCAUCGUCUCGAUGAAGAGCCGCUAGAGGAGCUUCUAUAGUACCUCAGGCCUUUGAUGGCAAAAUACGCAUCCGUAACUCUGUUCCUUCUUUGUCUGAGAACUUGAUAUCUGUGUGUCCGUAUUCCAAGAACUUCAGCUACCGCAGGUUUCCGAGGCGAGUCCUGGGCUUAGUGGAUUGCUCUUCUUCGCAUAAACUUGGGGGAGCCUCAAGUAAUCUCAACGGAGACAGAUGCCCAUAGUUUUAUUAAGCAUAGCGACCGUCAUAUCAUAAUGAUUAUACGCAGUCGCAUUCGCUUCCUUCA